UGAUGGGGGAAAGAAAAGUGGCGAGAGAGAUGCGUAGAGACUCAACGGGGGUUGCUUCGUGCUCACGGAAGGGUUCGUCGUGGAGUUGCAGCGAGAGGCAACUUUCGCGUUUCCGCUUAGCGAGACGACGCUAGAGGCUCUUUUGGCCGACCGUCGACCUCCUGUGCCAAGGAGACGUUGAGGACAUAUUAAUUUGUUAAUUGACGACGAGUUACAGUUGUUCUCUCUCUCUCUCUCUCUCUCUCUCUAUACCAUGAAGAAAACGUCGAUCUUUGGCUUCAACGCCUGGUCGAAAAUCCAUCCUCCGUUGCCUCGGACACCGAGAGAGUCGCAGCAACUAUUGAAUGCUUUGACCUCGUCCUUUCGACGACAGCUCGACCGAGAGUAUCCGCAGCCGAAUGCCUCCGAAGAGGCGGUGCCCACCACCACCACCACCACUACUACUACCAACUCAUCAACGCACGCGACCGAAAAACACUUGAGAUCGAUUCUAGAGAAUCCGUUAUUCCGAGUUGCACCGCAGGUUGACCAUGCUGGUCAUCGGGGCGGGGCAGAUCCCCAGAAGAGAUUGGCCGAGGAGCCGAUGGCUGUGUUUGACGAGUUGGUCGCCUCGGGGUCGGUCACAAAGCAGGCCAUGUGCAACUGUCUGAAGAGCCAGCUGAUUCUGGCGAGUCUGCGACCGCAGAAUCUGGGGGUUAGCGAGGCGAUGAGCAAGUCAAAGGCUGCCUCCAAGGUUGUAGAGUGGUUCUGGGCGUCCGAUUCCGGCUCCCGAAAGAUGCUCUUCAAGUCUCGCAGUACAACGUCCACCCUGCUCAAAUUCAUGGCUGCCGAAGGCCUGCAGGAAACUGUCGCUGCCUGGUUGAAGAUGAUUGUCACCCGCGACCUGGGAGGGUCCAACGGUCGGAUCCCAGAAGGGGUGAUGCGGAAGUUGUUCGGCAACUUUCUCAAAGAUGCAGUGGCGGCUGAACUGCGCUACGGAGCCGGGAUCACCUCGGCCUUGACCCUCUACACGCAGUCGUGCCGGAUGUACCUGUCGCUGGUCGACAAGCAGCCGGUCGAGUCGAGGGAAAAUGAGAUGGUGCUCUUCGCCGGAGGCUCCUAUCUGAGCCAUUGGAUCGUCGACAACCCCCAGAAGGAGGUCCAGGAAGUGCCUCAGGAGACGUUCGAUGAAUUCGAGCAAGUCAUGUCCUCUCUGUUUCCUGGAACCCUCUUGACGGCAUGUGUGCCCUUGUAUAAUCCGUCGUCUCCGCGGCCAGGGCCGCUGCUGGACUUUAUGAAGAGCAUAUCUGCGGAGAAAUACCACACUUGGAGUACUCGCAAGAGGGACGCCUUCUUCAUUGUCAGUUCCGAUGCAAUCAGCGUCCUUAUCGAUGAGGGCAAAUACCGAGAAGCCUCGAACAUGGCGCAGCUCCUUCAGCAACUACUCAAAGACAAUCUCCGUGAUAGCUUGCCAGAAAAGAAUCACCAGACGACUUUGGAGGUUGAUGAAUAUGCUUUAGGCCGGUUAGGGCUGGCUCUGACAUGAUAGCCUGUUUAUUCGUUUCCUACUCCCACUCCUCUCUCCUAUCGAUCAAGUUGAUGGAAGAACCAUCUCAAGACAUCUCUCCGCUUUAUAACGAGAAAUCCCAACCGCCACAUUUAACGCCGACAUGACUGCUGUGAACUUUGGAGCGUCCCAUGGCCACUCUCGACCGGCCAUCUCUUGACUGGCUUUCUACUGAACCAAUCUGCUCUUUAUUCUUGACGACUCAGCGACUCGAGGUACCUAUUCUCUACCGUUCUCUUGUCUCUUCUACGAACUUUACCAACUGUGUUGGUCAAUUUUGAGCACCAAUUGGAGGUCCCAAUAGCCGUCUUGUCCGACUCUCAACAUUUAUGAUCAUUGACCCGAAUCGCAUCGCACUACAGCAGCAGCAGCAGCAGCAAGGGGAUGCACCGUCCGAGAAAUUCGAUCGAUACAAGGUCGUGUCUCACUUCUUA